AUGUUUAAAAAGUUUAUUGAAUAUGUUGUCUUUUUACCAGUUCUACUGGAACAUGUUCUAGGGCAAGUAUCUCCUGGACCUUAUCCAACUGCAAAAUUUAGUGAAUAUACCUCAUAUUUUAGGCAACCUUAUGGGUUUGAAAUUAUAGAAGGAAGUCAAGGACCUGAUUAUUUUAGUGAAUUCUAUGUCUUUCCUCAAUAUCCACCAUUAUUAACUCCUUGCCAGUAUAUGUACCCUCUUAGUAUUUUAAUUGGUAAUACUAAUACGACUAAAAGAUUCUCAGUUGAAUUUGAGUGUAAUAAUUCAGGUUUAAAUAAUUCACUGAGUUUAAAUAGUAGCUAUGGAACUUUGAAUUUUAAUUCAAGUACAUUAUUAGAAGGUGCUUGUUCUUAUAUUGCAUCAUUUCUAAAUAUGGCCCAUUUCUCAAUAUUUCAAACAAACUCCUUUACAAAUAUUACAUAUUUGAUUCCUGGUUCAAUAAUUAAACAUGCAUUAUCUUUAAUACCAUCUUCAAAUUCUAUUUUAAUUUCUAGUCCUGGUUUAGAAUGGUUAAGUAAUCAUUACUUCGGUAAUAGUAAUAUAAAUUUACCUCAAUAUUUAAAUCUAGCUCAGUCAUUUGAUGGAACAUUUUCUAUACCUUUAUUAUAUAAAAUAUAUAUUCCUAAUGAUGUACUCCCAGAUAUAAUUACUGUUGGAGAAACUUCAUCUAGAUUUUAUAGAGAUUUUUUUAAUUUAACAAUAACACCAGGUAACUCUACAAGUUCAAAAGAAGAUUACAAUAUAAUUGAAUGGUUACCAAAUACAGGAUAUGCAGGUUAUUUACCAAGUGUAUUCCCAGUAAUUUCUAUAAUUCCAUUAUUAACUUAUGAGAGUUGGCAAGCUACAGAAAAUAAUCUAGUACCUUGGUGGGGGUCUAGCAAUAUACCUUUAGGUAUUUCACCUUUGAAAAUUAUUCCACCAUCAAAUUUACCUUCUAGUGAUUAUGAUGGUUGUAAGAGUGCUUUUUCUUUUUAUUAUCCAUCCCUAAUAGGCCAAAUGAGUAAUUCUACAAAAGAUUCUUUAAGUUAUUUAUUAAAUAAUUCCGCAUCUUCAUUUUAUCAAAGAAAUACAUUGCAAGCUAUGUUAUUCUUCAAUAAAAUACCUUAUUCAAUGCCAGGAAAUAUAGAAGGUCAACUUCCAAAUAUAAUAUUACCAUACAAAAUGUAUUUAACAAAUUAUAUUGGAGGUUGUUAUUAUAAUGGUACAUACCCAUUAGUUUCAACUUCUGGACCAGGUUUUACAGUAGCCUCUCUUUGUUACAAGGAUUCUUUAAAUACUGUCCCAUUUAGUUAUAGCCCUUUUUAUCCUCCUCCAUUAAAUUAUUCUGGAUAUUUAACUCAACUUAAUCAUAUGAUGGGUAUUACUACAUUUGUGAGUCAGUUCAUAGCUUAUCAGAUUCAGGGUGGUGCUCCACAAAAUGUAGCUAAUUCAUUAAAUCCUAUAUCAGCAAAAUAUCCAGGAUUUGGAGUAUCUCAUGCUACAAUAUAUAGUAUAUAUCCUAUAGGACCACAACUUAAAGUUAAAUCCCCCUUUAAUGUAUACUAUAAUGAAGCUAUAAAUAUAGAAUUUAGUCAUUAUGCACUUGGACAACCUUAUAUUUGGAGACUAUAUGGUAGAUUUGGGGUUCCUGGCUCUGGGAUGAGUUGUAGAUCUCCGAGAUAUAUUCCUAAUUUACAAGAAAUGGAUAAUUUACUUGUAGAAUGGCUUUGUUAUACUACCAAUGUGACAAUAAGUCAACAGCAAGCUGCUACAGAGCUUAAAAAGUAUAUAACUCAUGAUUGUAUAGUAAAAUCUGAGAUAAUUAAAACUUGUAAUUCAACUUCAUCUAAAUUUUUAAAAUCAUGGUCUUUAUCUAUCCCCUCAGGAUCUUAUAAUAAGCAGGGUGUUUUAUUAUUUGUACAGAAUAUAACAGAUUUGAAUUUUCCCAAAUCUUAUAAUACAUAUAAAAACAGUGGAUUGUGGUUUAGAUCAGCAUCAUUUCCAUCAAAUAUAUACAAUGAAUCAUGGGUCCCAAGAUCUUUCUGUAGUUCUAUUCCCCUAUUACCUAUAGUCCCAGUACAAAAUCCCCAAAUUCUUAAGCUUAAUUCUGUUGUAUUACCAUGGGAUCAUUUUCAAGAUUCAACAUAUUCUGCUUAUAUUUCUGUUAAUGGAAAUAGUACAAUUUUAGCUGAACUUUCUUUAACUAUGAAUAUAUCAUUAUCAAGUUCUACUCCUGUUUAUAUUGCAGCAUAUGCUCUAUGUCAAAAUAUACCUACUCAACCUCUUGCCGUAAUACCUUCUCAAGUUCUUUUAUCAGAAAUCCAAAUGUAUGGAUCUAUUAUAAUUACUACCUAUAUUCCACCUUUAGGAGAGACUUUAAGAACUAGUAUUGAUUGUUAUAUUAAUAUAUUUGCUAGUUUUAACCAAGUAUAUUCUAGUAAAAUUGGGACAUUUAGUAGUUUUGGAGAAGGAGUCCCUUAUACUCCUCCAAAUGGAGUAGCUUUUUAUUCCUAUUAUGUUUCAGUUGAUGCACCACCAAUAAUGGGAAGUUUAACUCUUUUUGAGCCUAAUCCUGGAAAUGUUACCCUAACAGAUACUGUAUUUUUAUCUAUAGAUAAAAUUAUAUAUCCUUCAAGUAGACAAUCAGGUGCUUUUCCUACUGUAGGGAUACUAGCAAGCUCUACUCCAACUAUAGUUGCAAAUUCAAUAGUAUUAUUAUUGGGAGAUUCUUUACAACAGAUACCACAAUCAAUUAGACUCCCAGCAAUUGUUCCAGCAUGGUAUAUAUUUGUUAGAGCUCAAACUUUUAUGAAUAGUGGAUGUUCUAUACUAUGUUCCUCUGAAGUUUCAGAUAGUCUAUUUUUUUCUCAUUGGUGUACUUCAGAAAAUUCUAAAGCUUACUUAUGUCCAAAACAGAAGAUUGAGAUGUCAAAUAAUGAUUCUGAUGAAGUAAUAUUGGAUGCGAUAGCUGUUGCUUUAAGUCCAAUGACUUUUUAUUCUUUAACAGAUGCCUAUCAAUUAUAUAUUGGUCUUAUUAGUCAACCUGUAAAGCAAUCUAUAGUAUGGAAUGAUUAUUUUGAGCUUUUGUAUUACCAGCUUCUACAAAAUCAAAAUAUCCCUUAUGCUCUUGAUUUUGCAGCAUCCAAACUUCAACUUCUAUUUAUCUUAAAUAAAAUCCUUAUGGUUUCAAUUGAAAAUCCCCAGCUUAAGAUUGACACUAUAUUUCCCUUAUACAUACUUCCAAAUAUAACUCUCAACUCUGAAUGUACAAAUAAUCCUGGAUCAAAAUUUUUAGUUUUAAAUACUCUAGAUCUACUUCUUACAUCUAAUUCACCACUUGGCUUUACAUUUGAGCCUAGCUCGUUAUAUAUGUCAACAAUAUUCAGGGGUGUUGAAUCAGUAGCAAAUAGAUUCUCAUUUUGGAAUGGACCUGGGCAAUCAUUAAAUUAUACUGGUAAAACCUCUGGUAUCAAAAUAGGUAUAACAACAACUUCUUUUUAUACUGCUAACUCCAUAUUAAAUGUAGGCUCUAUGAAAUUUCAAUAUAUUUCAAAGAUUGAUCUCAAGAAUCUAAAUCUUGUUAACUCUUACUUCUUUCAAUUAUAUCCUCAAUUUUAUAAUCCUUCAGUUGUGUCAUCUAACUGCUCUUCUUCAUCCUUUACUCUUUCAACAACUUUACUUGCAAAUGAUUAUAUUAAAAAGUCAUUAAUUAAUUUGGCUUCUCAAAUUGGUAAUCAAUAUGAUAAAAGUACCAAAAAAGAUCAUGAUUCUAAUACUAUAGAAUAUUCAGUACCUUUAGGGGUAUAUGUAGGAUCAUCUUCUCUUUAUUUAUGUUCCACAGAUUAUCAUGCUUUUAAUACCUUACAGCAAGUUGUAUUCAAUCUUACUAUUCCAACUGAUAAUAGUCUUAACCUUGAAAAUUUAUCUUGCGGUGCUUUAACUCAAGAUGGUUGGUCAACUAAUGCUUGUAGGACAAUGAAAAGUACUCAAAUAAGAGAUAACAAUCAAAAUGUUGCAUUUUUUGAAUGUGCUUGUAAUGCUAUCACUGAUUAUGCUUUAAUUGGAAUACCUACUAUUAUAAAUCUUAAUAAUCAAGUGUUUGGACCCUUUAAUCCAUUUACUCCAUCGAUUAAUCCUCCAUGGAAUGGUUUUGAUGGAUCAUUACAUAAUUUUGCAGGUAACCGAACUUUAGUUAAUGAAUUAGUUAAUUCUUCAUAUUCUGGUUUUAUAAGUAUAGAUUCAACUACUAUUGGUACAUCUACUACAGAUAUUGAUAAAUCUCUACCUCUACUUAAUAAUAAGCAUGGUAUUUCAGGAAUAUAUACACAAGAUGGGAGAGAAGAAAAAGAAUUAUUUGCUGUAGAAUGGGGUAUUCAUGGAAUGCAAUCACUCUAUUAUUGGAAUAAUGAGACUCAAUUAUCUUCAAAUAAUAAGAAUUAUAUUGUAUGGGGCCCUACUACAAAUAAUGAAACACAUACCUAG